AGCAAGAAAUAGUAGUUAAGAAACAAAAAUAUCUGCUCCCUUAUUCAUCUCAGAUGCUGAGGUUUUCGAUAACAUCGAAAAGAUAAACUUAGUGUGAAAGAAAGACAACACAAUUACACAAACCCCAUCACUAAGAAAGAAAGAAAGAAAAAAAGAGAGUUUGUUCACGUUCACUAGCUUACCACCGCCCUUAUGCACCAGCAUCUUCCAUCUUCAACCACUGCAAAGAUCUGAUCUGUGUUUUGGAUAUCUCAAUGUGAGAGUUGAGUUUUGUAAGAAAAAAAAGUUGAUAUUGUUAUCAAGUGUGGAAGAAAUGGAUCGUUUUGCGGGCACUGUUGGGUCAGGAAUGGAUAUUCCGAUCAAGAUCAUGCAUGAUAGUGACAGGUAUGAGCUUGUGCGUGAUAUUGGGUCUGGGAAUUUUGGUGUGGCUAGGCUCAUGAAGGACAAACACACUGGGGAGCUUGUUGCAGUCAAGUAUAUUGAGAGAGGUGAUAAGAUAGAUGAAAAUGUACAAAGGGAAAUUAUAAAUCACAGAUCACUGAGGCAUCCCAAUAUUGUCAGGUUCAAGGAGGUAAUACUGACCCCUACACAUUUAGCUAUCGUGAUGGAAUAUGCUUCUGGAGGAGAGCUAUUUGAGCGAAUAUGCAAUGCAGGGCGGUUCAAUGAGGAUGAGGCACGCUUCUUCUUCCAACAGCUUAUAUCUGGUGUUAGCUACUGUCAUUCAAUGCAAGUUUGCCAUCGUGACUUAAAGUUGGAGAACACAUUGCUUGAUGGUAGUCCAGCUCCGCGUUUGAAGAUUUGUGAUUUUGGUUAUUCAAAGUCCUCAGUCUUACAUUCACAACCAAAAUCUACAGUUGGUACCCCUGCAUAUAUCGCUCCUGAAAUUUUGCUUAAGAAGGAAUAUGAUGGCAAGCUUGCAGAUGUGUGGUCUUGUGGGGUGACUUUAUAUGUGAUGUUGGUGGGCGCAUAUCCUUUCGAGGAUCCUGAUGAACCUAAGAAUUUCCGGAAGACAAUUCAUAGGAUUAUGAAAGUCCAGUACUCAAUUCCUGAUUAUGUUCAUGUAUCUCCUGAGUGCUGUCAUCUUAUCUCAAGGAUCUUUGUUGCAGACCCUGCACAGAGAAUAAGUAUUCCCGAGAUUCGAAACCAUGGGUGGUUUUUGAAGAACCUUCCAGCUGAUCUGAUGGUUGAGAAUGUGAAAAUGAACAACCAGUUUCAGGAGCCUGAUCAACCAAUGCAGAGCAAUGAAGAAAUCAUGCAGAUAAUUAGUGAGGCUACAAUUCCUGCUGCCGGAACUCAGACUCUCGACCAGUAUCUGACCGGUGGCUUGGACAUUGAUGACGACGAGAUGGAUGAGGACCUCGAAUCCGAUGCUGACCUUGAAAUUGAUAGCAGUGGAGAAAUAGUAUAUGCUAUGUAAGCAAUGAUUACUCACUUCUGGGUUAAUUUAAAUAGUAUACCAUGGGUUUGUAUGUUUCUGUGGGUUUGGAAUAUAUAGAAGAAAAAGAUUUCACAUCUACAUGGAAGGGAUUCUAUGAUAUUAAUUUCCUAAUACUGUUAGAGGAUCCAUCCUGCUUGUAUUUAUGGUCGCUCCUAAUUACAUGCUGCUUUGUAUUGAUACAAAUGAUGGUGUUAUAUUAUGAAGUGUUUAUCUUUCCCUUCCACA